AUUCGGUCCAGCACCAUCUCCGUGUGUUCGAAAUGGCUACGUCAAACGCAACAGACGACCUCUUCGCGAGCUACGAUGCCGAGUACUGGAACACCUACCUAGACGCUCGUCCAACGUACUCGUCCGACUUCUACAGCAUUAUAUUUGAACAUCACGCCCAAAAAGGCAGUGACAGUUGGGCACUGGCGCAUGACGUGGGCACUGGGCCUGGAAACGUAGCGGCCGUGCUCGCACAGCGCUUUGAACAGGUCAUCGCCACAGACGCGAGUCCUGACACUGUCAACGCCGCACAGAAACGCCAGCAACAGACAAACAAGAUCAGAUUUGCAGAAUGCAAAGGCGAGAAUCUAGCUCUCGCAGGGCUAUCACCACCACGCACCGCUGACCUCGUUGCCAACGCCGAAGCAAUUCCGCUUAUGGACGCUGAGGAAGCCAUCGGGUGCUUCGCAGAGCUACUCGCGCCCGGUGGAACAUGCGCGGUGUGGUUCUACGGGCGGCCAAAAUUUGCUGGGCCUGAUACCGCCGUGAACGAGGCGUGCCAGCGCAUCUUCUAUCGCAUCUCCACGCGGUUAUUGAACAAGAUAGGCGGCGUGAGCGGGCCGCUUUGGGAGCGGUCUACGCGCACUAUUGCCUCGCAGCUGGAUAAUGUUGCGUUUCCUACUGCGCAGUGGCGAGAUGUGGUUAGGUAUAAGUGGAAUUGUGAGCAGACUACGAUGCUCUUUCAUGACGAGAGUCAAUUUGGAGGACCGGUUGAGAGGGUGAAUUGUGUAGGGCCUGCCGAAGAGGUUGUUUCGAAGACGGACCCUGGGUUUUGGCAGAUGCAGUGGGGUGCUGCUGAGGUGCGCAGGUGGUUCGAGGCUCAUUUGCCCACUUGGUUUGAGGAUAAGGCGGAGGAUUUGGAGCUGGAAGGCUGGUAUGAGGAGUUGGAUCGUGUCUUGGGAGGCAAGUCUCUGCCGGUGACUUGGCCUGUGGUUUUGCUCCUUGCGACGAGGGUGUAAUGUGUGUCUUGCGUCGAGUCUGGCAAUAUAGUAUUCGACAAACCGGUUUUACUGUCUAGACUUAUUGAACGAGACUUGAUUGGUAUCAUAAGGUAAUCACAGUUGAUAUACUAGCGAAGUACUGCAGAAAGCCAC